CUGCGCCGGCCGCCCGCGGAGGGGAGGCUGCAGAGCGAGGGCAGGAGGAUUACUUCCCAGCACUCUGGCCUCCUGCCAUGUCUGACCCCAUCACACUGAACGUCGGGGGGAAGCUCUAUACUACCUCACUGGCAACCCUGACUAGCUUCCCCGAUUCCAUGCUAGGUGCCAUGUUCAGCGGGAAGAUGCCCACUAAGAGGGACAGCCAGGGCAACUGCUUCAUUGACCGUGAUGGCAAAGUGUUCCGCUACAUCCUCAACUUCCUGCGCACCUCCCACCUGGACCUACCCGAGGACUUCCAGGAGAUGGGCCUGCUCCGCAGGGAGGCUGACUUCUACCAGGUGCAACCCCUGAUCGAAGCCCUGCAGGAGAAGGAGGUAGAGCUGUCCAAGGCGGAGAAGAAUGCCAUGCUCAAUAUCACCCUGAACCAGCGUGUGCAGACGGUCCACUUCACUGUGCGGGAGGCGCCCCAGAUCUACAGCCUCUCGUCCUCCAGCAUGGAGGUCUUCAAUGCCAAUAUCUUCAGCACCUCUUGCCUCUUCCUCAAGCUCCUGGGCUCCAAGCUCUUCUACUGCUCCAACGGCAAUCUCUCCUCCAUCACCAGCCACUUGCAGGACCCAAACCACCUGACUCUGGACUGGGUGGCCAAUGUGGAGGGCCUUCCAGAGGAGGAGUACACCAAGCAGAACCUCAAGAGGCUGUGGGUGGUCCCUGCCAACAAGCAGAUCAAUAGCUUCCAGGUCUUCGUGGAGGAGGUGUUGAAAAUUGCUCUGAGCGAUGGCUUCUGCAUUGAUUCUUCUCACCCGCAUGCUCUAGAUUUUAUGAACAAUAAGAUUAUUCGAUUAAUACGGUAUAGGUAAAAGGAGCUAAGCAACAUCGGAGAGGGGAAGUCCCAAGAAGCAUAUGUCAGCCAAGGUCGUGGAGAGUAUCUCGCCAGCAGCAUGAGGCAGGACACUAUACUAAUCUUUACUACUUGCAUAGCAGGACUGAUUCCCCCAUGACAAAGUCCACAUUUUGGAAUCCACAUGUCCUCUGAGCAGAACCACCUUGUUUCUUGCCAUUUUGAGCUGGAGAUGGGCAGUUUAUUGUGACAAGAGAAGAGUAAGCUGAUGUGUACUAAAGGAGGCUACAGGAGGACUUUCUGGCCGGGACAGAGGAGCAGCAGUUUUCUUAUGGGCUCCAUUUCUCUCUGUACCACUAGCCAGUACCACAUUUAUCCCUUUGUGAAAAGGCUCCUGGAGAGGGGAUAGGAUGAGAACAAGAGGCUCCCUUUGGUUUCCCAAGACGUGAAGUGCCCAGUGGUCCCCAUCAUACCUGUUCUUCCCUCCUUUGAUUGCAUCCAGGACCUUGGACUUCCUUGCCCAGUGGCAACUGUGACUUGCUGGCUUGCAAUGCAGUGUGUUCUCACAGCCCUCUCAGUGUCUCUGCUGCAGGAGAGAGCUGAGCUGUGACAUAGUCCCGAGGAGGGGGCAUCCAGGAAGGGUUCAGAAGGCAGAGCUAUCCCUCUUGACAGGGCUGAAUCUAAGGAUUUCUGGCUUCAGAAAUGGGCUGCUGUCCCUGUGAAGAUGUGAAGGUUUCUGGAGCCAGUGUAACGAAAGGUGCUUCAGAAUCCAGCCUGUUGCCUGACUUUUGUAAUCCUUUUCCCAAAAAUUUGAGGUAUGAUUGAAACAGGUCAUUUUAAGCAAACAUAAUAUGGAUUCUCAGGGUUGGAAAAUAAUUCAACAUUUGCUUGGUCUCCCCCUACCCCAAGCAUAGCCCAGCACAUUUGGGGGUCAGCGCCUCUCCCUUAGUACCUCCAAGUGAUCACCUGUGCCUGUUUGCAUACCUGUGGUGAUAGGAAGCUCGCCAUCCCCAAGGCAGUUCCUGCCAUGGUUAGAUGGUGCUGUUAGAGAGUUCUUUCUAUUUAGCCAAAGUCUGUCCUGCCACUUCAUGUGCUGGAUCUUGGUUGCAGACCUUCCUUCUCAGCCAAAUGUGUAUCUUCACUUCCAAAAUAGUUAAUGCUAGCCAGGCACAGUGACUCAUUCCUGUAAUCCU